AUCUGCCCUGAGGCCCUGAGUUUCAUUAAAAUAGAGAGGGGUGCAACAGAGCCCAGGAGACCGCUGUUGUCUGAGGAUCGCGCAGAAGAAGGAAGCCCUGGUUUGCCCGGGCUUGUGAAAACUCAGCAUGGAAUGCCUCUGCUGGGUCGUGGGAUUUCUGCUGCUGGCCGCAAGACUGCCCCUGGUUGCAGCCAAACGGUUUCAUGAUGUGCUGGGCAAUGAAAGAAAUCCUGGCUCUGUGCGGGAGCACAACCAGUUACACGGCUGGACUUCUGAUGAAAGCAACUGGGAUGAAAAACUCUACCCAGUGUGGAAGAGGGGAGACGCGAGGUGGAAAAGCUCCUGGAAAGGAGGCCGUGUGCAAGCGGUCCUGACCAGCAGUUCCCCGGCGCUGGUGGGCUCAAACAUCACAUUUGCAGUGAACCUCGUGUUCCCCAGAUGCCAAAAGGAAGAUGCCAACGGCAACAUAGUCUAUGAGAAGAGCUGCAGAAAUGACUCCAGUUUGUCUCCUGAGCUGUACGUUUACAACUGGGCGGCGGCCUGGCCCGAGGACAGCGAAGGGGGCGCCGGGCACCACGUGUUCCCCGACGGCAAGCCGUUCCCCAGGCCCCACGGCUGGAGGAAGUGGAAUUUCGUCUAUGUCUUUCACACGCUUGGUCAGUAUUUCUACAAACUGGGACGGUGUUCAGUGAUGACUUCUAUCAACACAGCCAACCUGACACUGGGCCCUCAGGUCAUGGAGGUGACGGUCUACAGAAGACACGGCCGGGCCUACAUUCCCAUCGCACAAGUUAGAGAUGUGUAUGUGGUAACAGAUCAGAUUCCUGUAUUUGUGACCAUGUCCCAGAAAAAUGAUCGAAAUGUGUCUGAUGAAACGUUCCUCAGAGAUCUCCCCAUUAUAUUUGACGUCCUGAUUCAUGAUCCCAACCACUUCCUCAAUCAGUCUUCCAUUUACUACAAGUGGAACUUUGGGGAUAACACCGGCCUGUUUGUUUCCAACAAUCACACCUUGAAUCACACCUAUGUGCUCAAUGGAACCUUCAACCUUAACCUCACUGUGCAGGCUUCGGUGCCUGGACCCUGUCCAUCACCUUCCACACUUCCGAAACCUACCCCUUCUUCUGUACCUGUUGGUGACAACGCCACGGAGCUGCGUGAGAUUCCUGAUGAAGACUGCCAGAUUAACAGAUACGGUUACUUUGAAGCCACCCUCAAGAUUGUAGAGGGAAUCCUGGAGAUUAACAUCAUCCAGAUAGCAGAUGUCCCAAGGCCUGUGCUGCAGCCUGAAAACUCCCUGAUGGACUUCACUGUGACCUGCGAGGGGACCAUCCCCAGGGAAGUCUGUACCGUCAUCUCUGACCCCACCUGCCAAUUUGCGCAGGACGUGGUCUGCAACAGUGUGGAUGCGAACGACGCAUGCGUGCUGACCGUGAGAAGAGCCUUCCGACGGGCCGGGAGGUACUGUGUGAACUUUACUCUGGGUGAUGAUGCAAGUCUGGCCUUCACCAGCACUCUAGUCUCCAUCACUAGCAAAGAUGCAGCCUCCCCUUUCCGGACGGUGAGUGCCGCCCUCAUCUCCGGCAGCUGCCUGGCCAUCCUUGUCAUCGUGAUCACCGUCUUGGUGUACAGAAAACACAAGAAAUACAAGCCAAUUGAAAACAGUGCUGAGAAGGUGGUCAAAGGCCCACAGGUCGUCCUCAGCCACACAGAGGCCGUGUUCUUCCCGGGAAACCAGGAGAAGAACCCACUGCUCAAGGACCGCUCGGGGGUGCUCUAAGCCUUCAGCCUUAUUUCUGACCACCAGUCCGCUCUUCAGUGCCAUUUAUAAGAACUGUGCAGCUGUGGGUGAUUGUUAGCUUUUUUUUCCCUGAAGUUUAUUGUAAAAUAUACAUCCUGAUUUAGAGAGAUCAAGUUUUAGGAAAGUUGAAUUAAAUCACAUUUUAGAGAAGUGAUGAAACAGUUCAGCAGUGCUUGCUUGCUUGUCGCCAUCCACGAUGUCAUCAGUGAUUAGCGGUGUAGACGCCCUAGCUCCCAAGAGUGGGCAACGACUGCUCCUUAGAACCUGACCCGGCUUCAGUAGGAGGACAGGCGAGCUGCCCCUGUAACAUGUACAUUACACCAGUGUAGUCCCGGCGUAAAGAGCAGGUUCCAGGCCACUGGAUCCCAUGUCACCUGAUGUGCUCAAGCCCUGGCAGAACAGGAAGGGGUCUGAGUCUUUUGCCUGGUGUGUGUGCUUGCUAUACUCAGAAAACAAUGCUCAUCUAACAGAAGGUGUGAGUACUGUACGUGGUGACAGCCUGCCCUGCCCAGCUGAGUGGAGGAAUGAUAUUCGUUUACCUGUGGACAUUUAUUUAGUGCUUUCCGUGUAGCAGGCCAGCACCCACAGUGGGUGCCUGGGUAUAUACCUGAAUGUGGACAGACCCUGAAGCACAUAUUUAGAAUCAUAAGUUCUAACUUUAUAAAGGCGGCCCCUAGUUUUCCGACCAGUUCCUCUAAAUGAUAUGGAACACUGAUCAGUGAGGAUUUUACCCCCUCUGCAACUGAAAUCAUCUGCCGAAGGUUAGACAUGACAUUCUUUUUCUGCUCUUCCUGAAAAAUAAUGUGGGAAAAAGAAACAACUGUGGGAUUGUAAUUAUUUUCCCAAUGUAUCAUUUGUCUUUUGAUUUCACUUAUAGUUUUUGAGAGGUAAAAAGUUCUGUAACAUCACCCCCAAAGAGCACUGAUAAUCUCAUGCAUACUUUCUACUUUAAAAUAUAUAUUCAGAGCCAGGGGUUUACAUCAGCAGCACAAGCACCUGCCUGGGAAGCACAAAGUCAUGAGUUCAAUCCUCAGUACCAAUAAAAUAAAAGAUUUGUAUAUAA